AGUUUGGCAGAAAAAAACGCUAUGGGCCUCUCGUUCUGCUCGUCAUCCCGUUGGAAGAGUACGGCUCCUACCCCAUAAUGUAAAGCGUCGCACUGUAUGUAGAAGUGCCGCUUGAAAUCCGCGUGUACCAGGACUGGUGCCGAGGUGAGUGCAGCUUUUAACUCCCCUAUGGCUCGUUUUGCCUCCUCCGACAAUCUUUCCAUUUCCCGAUUUUUUCAGGGCGUCAGUGAGCGGAGCGGCCUUCUCAGCAUAGUUCUUUAUAAAGCGCCGGUUCCAGCCCGCAGUUCCCAGGAAACUACGCAAUUCUCGAACAGAUCGCGGCUCGGGAAUGCGCAAAAUGGCCGACACACGAUCCGGAUCCAUCUUCAGCGCUCCUCCUCCCACUAUAAAUCCCAGACGCUCGGCAACCUGUCGCAGAACCUUCACGUGCGUUUGGAAGUUCUCAGCUAUAAUCAGCAAGUCGUCGAGAUACGCAUAGACGUUUGAACGCAUCUCAACCGGAAUCACCUUAUCG